AUGGCUAAAGGAAAUACUCUAUUAGCUUUCAUCUGUGUCUUUGCAUGCAUCUCUCUCCUAGCCUCGGCUACCGAUGAAAGAAGGCAAAGCCGGUUGACUCAGGCCCAGCAAUGUCGUAUCCAACGGCUCACAGCUUCCCAACCUUCACAGAGGAUCGAUAACGAAGGUGGUUCGAUCGAAAUGUGGGAACAGAAGGACGAUAUGUUCCAAUGCGCCGGCGUAGCAGCUUUUCGUUACACCGUAAAAGCUAACGGACUCUCUCUUCCUCACUACCACCCAUCUCCCCGCCUACUCUUCAUUGAAAAAGGUGAGGGUUUGAUCAGCAUUAAUUUCCCGGGAUGCCCUGAGACUUUCGAGUCGGAAUCUGAGUCGAUGUUCAUGGGUAGACAGAGCAGUGACGAAAAGUCGGAGGGUCGUGAAGGAAGAGACUCGCACCAAAAGGUUCAUCGUGUUCGCAAGGGAGACAUCGUUGCUAUUCCAAGCGGCGUGGCUUAUUGGUGCUUCAACGACGGGACUCAAGAUCUUGUAGCCGUCGCAGUAAACGAUCUUAACCAAAACGUAAACCAGCUCGACCAGCAGUUCAGAUCGUUCUAUAUGGCCGGUGGAAUGCCAAAACAACAACGACAAACUAGAUUUACUGCUCAUGAAGCUGAAAAGAAAGAAUACUUCGAGAAUAUUCUAGAACAUUUCGACACGGAGUUGAUGGCCGAAGCCCUAGAGAUGCCUGUGGAGCUCAUGCGAAAGAUCCAACAAGGAGAGCAAUCGAAGAAGGGAUUCAUCGUUACUGUUCGCGAGGGCAUGCGCAUGAUCAAGCCAGACGAGAGGGAACAACAAAACGGCUUGGAAGAGUCUUCAUGGUGUAGCAUGAAGAUCCGACACAACUUGGAAUCUCGCCAACAAUCCGACGUCUACUCCCGUCAAGGAGGCCGUCUCUACGUCGUCAACCAGAACAAGCUCCCUCUUCUCCGCCUCCUCGACAUGAGCGCAGAGAAGGGCGAAGUAUUCCCGAACGCGAUGUACAGCCCAAGUUGGAAUAUGAACGGACACUCCGUGGUAUACGUGACAAAGGGAGAGGCCGAGGUACGCAUUGUGGACCAGAGCGGACAAGCAAUAAUGAACGAACGCGUGCGCGAAGGAGACAUGUUUGUCUGCCCUCAAUUCUUCGUGGUUACAAGUCAGGCUGGAAAGGAAGGAUUCGAGUGGGUGGCAUUCAAGACAACUAGCUCUCCGAUGAAGAGUCCCUUGGCUGGUUACACUUCGGUGAUGAGGGCUAUGCCUCUUCAAGUAAUUGUUAACUCCUACCAAGUGUCUACUAGCCAGGCUAAAGAUCUCAAUUUGCUCCUCAAUCAGGCUAGUCUGGGUUGGGUGACUUUGUUGGCUCCUUUAUUGUCUGAAUUGUUGAUAGUUGCUAAGGCAUUUGGUUGUUUGCUACGCAGGCUGAGCCACGAUGUGCCUACGCUCGACCAGCCUCCGCUCGAUUAG